UUAACCAAAAUGGUGUACGUGGAAUAUGCUGUCAUACUUACAAUAAUAAAAUAAACAUAAUUAUACAUAAACGUAAUCAAAUUCCUUUUCAAAAUUAGGUAACAUACUUAAUUACAAUGUGGAAAGAUCCUGAACCAGAUCCUGGGGGUGACACCCAAGAAGGGGCAUCUUCUGGGAAGCCUUUACAAGAACUAUCGGAUUUAAAAGAUCAAAACCAGCAGCAACAACUCCUAAUAGCUCAACUAAAGGAAAUGUUACGAAAAGAGCAAAGCAAUGUAACACAAGAAAAAGUCGAGGAAUAUAUUAACACAUUGAGUAAAGCAAAAGCAAAGAAGAACAGGACUAGGAAAGAUGAAUCUGGAACUUUAGAAAAAACUGUUAGUAGUAGUAGUAGCAGCAGCAUAGACGUUACUAAAAAGCAGAAGUUAAAUUUACUUAAGCAGCAGUUAGAAGAAAAUAAAGUUAGGUUAGCUGAAAGAGGAAAAAGUCAGAAAGGCAUAGAAGAAAUGGUUAUUCAACUAAAAGCACAACUGAAUGAUUCACAGCAGUUAAUUCCGGCAAGUCUUUCUAUAGUAGAAUCCAAAGAAUACAGCAAAAACAGUUCACAAGAAGAAUUGUAUAAUAUAUUACUGACCAAGGAAAGAAAAAUAACUGAUUUGUUAAAUAAAGUUCAGAAACAAGAAGUCACUAUUCUGGAUUUAGAAGAAAAUUUGAAAGAAAAAGAUUCCGUAAUCGACGCCCGAACUAAAGCAAUAACACUAAUGACUGACAGUUUAAGUAAAAAGGGGAAAAGCACAUUGGAUGCCUUAGAUGACACAAAAGAGCAAAUGAGGAAAAUGCAAGAGAAUUUCGUAACUUUAGAGAGUGAAAUGAAAGCCAGACAAGUGAAAUUAUUGAACGAUUUAAAAGCUAAAAACUUUGAAAUCGCAGAACUUCAUGAAAUUAAUCAAAGACUGUCAGAAGAGAAGAUGGAGUAUACUAGAAGUAUUGAAGAAUUUAAAAAUAAAGAAACCGAUAGUGAAAAUAAAACCGAAGAUUACAAAACUACUAUUAGUGAUUUGCAGAAACAGUUAAAUCAAACUGUUGCUGAAAACGAAUCGCGUCUAUCUAAAAUAACAGAAUUAGAGAAAAGCCUUCAAGAUAGCAUGGAUGACCUUAACAGACUUAAAAAUAUUGGGCAGUCCGUCAGUACGGAGCAAAGUAACAAUGAAGAAAUCGCUAAAUUGCGAAAACAGUUGGAGGAAAACAAUAAGAAUAUGAUUAAAGCUAAAGCACAGAGUAAGAGUAAAAUUAAAGAAUUGAAUAAAAAACUGGACCAGAUUAAGAAAGCCAACGAUGCCAAUGCAUUAAUUGUACAAUUGCAGAAUGAAAACACUAAACUAAGUGAAAAAAUUGCAGAACUUGAAGAGGAGAAGGGUAAUAUGCAGUUGAAGAUGGUGGAAUCCUCCGAAUCCAUAAAAGAUUCUUCGUAUCUAGAAGAACAAAGGGAAUUAGAAAUGAAAGCAAUAAAAUAUUCAGAAGAAUUAGAGGAGAAGAAUAAAAUUAUAUCAUUAUUGGAGACAGAGAUAAUUUCUCUAAAAGAAGAAGUAACAUCCUUAAAUGAGAAAAUAUCUGGCUUGUCGCAUUUAGAAAACAUACAAGUGUCCUCAGAAAUUAAGUCUAUUCAGUUAGAAGAACAGCUCGAAAAACUAGAAGGUGAAAACUUGAAACUAAAGGAAGAAAUAGAAGGAUUACUAAGGGCAAAAGAAGAAAUGGCGGAACAUGUGGAAGAAUUAAAGAAAGAAAAACAGGAAAUUAGUUCAAAGUUAGACAACUAUAUUCAGGAAAACAUGGAGCUGAUCGACAAACUGGAGAAGCUUAGUGCAGAAAAGGUGUCUUCCGCUGAAAGCAUCGAAAUCGUCGAGGGACUAACUCAACAAGAGAAAUUGGAACUAGCAGCCUAUCAGAAAACUCUGGAUGUACACGUUGAGGGCGAACCGAUAAAAUGCCCCGAGGACGAUCACAUCGAACCGCCAACUGAACUUAACGAGAGUGUCCUUCAACUGAGUGAAGAUUCCACUGAACUUCUACAGAAAAUCGACAUGUUCAACAUGGAGAGGAAGGAGGUCAUGACGAAGAUGGAGGCCCUUAGGGACGAGAACAGUCAGCUUAACAUGAAGAUAAAAGAGAUAGAGAAUAAUAGAGAUAUUUUGGCGGAAACGUACGAGCAAGUGCAAACGGAAAAGGAAGUGCUGCAAAGCGAAAACGAUGAAUUGGCGAAGAAAGUUCAAGAACUGGAGCGGCGGAGGAAUCAAGCAGAGGAAGGAUUAAAGGAAGUUCAUGGUUCAGAAUCUACUUCCCAAACAAAGUUGCAGGAAUUGCAGACUGAAUAUGAAAAGUUAUUAGCAGAAAACGAGAUGCUGAAAGGCACCAUGAAGGAGUAUGACAGACACGUCCAUGAGAAACACAACUUAGAGUCCGAACUUAAACAAGCGAAAGAGAAAAUAGAGGAAAUCGAAACGAAGAUUCACGAUCAUUUAGCGGAAAUCAGCAACUAUGAAAGUGUAAUCGAAGAAAAUAAAAACGAAUUCAUUAACUCUGCUAAUCUUAUAAACGAUCUUCAAACAAAACUUAAUGCAAGGGAAAAAGACAUAACGGACUUGAAUGUAAUAAUAACUGACCUUAAUGAAGUCGUCAAUAAUCUGCAAAUAGAGAACAGUAAAUUGGGGAACUUCGAACUCAUGGAAAGUCAACUCACUGAACUUAAAACGGCGCUGAAUGAGCAAAUUGAACAAGCGCAGGAGUACGAGGAGGAAAUCUCUCGGAACAACGAUAUCAAUACUGAUCUUAACACAAAACUGAUCGAAAUGAACAAAAAAAUAAUCGAAGCCGAGCACGAUAUGGAAAUGAAAGACAUUGAAUACAAAAAAUUGGCACAGGAUCUUCAAACGAAAGAUGAACUUAUUCAGAAUCUUCAGCGUCAACUCGAGGAAAAAGACAAGAAAAUCAGUGCUGUAAUUCAGGACAUGAAAGAAAAAUAUUUAGCAUUACAGAAACAAUUAGAUGGUAAUAGUGGUUCUCUCGAAGCAAAGGUUCUAGAACUAACAAAUAAAAAUAAAGAACAGAUGGAUAAAAUGAAGAAAAUAGCCGCCAAUUUGAAGAAGAAAUCUCAAGCGUAUCAGGCAUUGGAAGAAAAAUACAAUGCAGAAAAAGAAAAAUGGGAAACAGAGUUAAACGAAAAGAAGUCUGACAUUUCAAGUUCCGAGGAUAAGAUCGCAGUGAUCCUCCAUCAGUUAAGGGAAUUGGAGGAGGAAGUCAACCUUAAAAACGCAAAACUUUUAGACUCCGAUAUCAAAAUAAGAGAACUCACUGAAAUUGUGGAAAAUCUCGAACAGAACAGAAUAGAAUUACAAACGUCAGUCGCCGAACUAAAACACAGAGAGCAGAAGCUGACGGAAGUAAGCCUUAAGCAAGAAUUAUCCACCAGCUUGCACGAAGAUUUCGAUAACAUCCCCACUAACCAAGAUUCAGUCAAAGAAGAAAAAAUCAAGGAACUGGAACUCAUAAUCGAGACCAACGAGGGCGACAUCGCACAUUAUAGAGACAGAGUUCACAAGUUACAAGAGAACGUCGCCUAUUUAGAGCAAGAGAAAGAGGCGCUCGUCCAAAAAACCAUGGAGCUAAACGAUCAAUUGAAUAUAACCUCGAAGAGCAUCGAGGAGAAGUCCUUCGUAGAAGAAGAACUUGGUCAGAAACUCCUUCAAGUGACAGCGAAUGAUGAAGCGCUAGUGAAAAAGCUAGAAGAAGUGACGGAAGAAAACAAGGAGCUAGGCCAGAAAAACAAAGAGCUGGAGGAGAUAACCCUCAAACUCAAAAUAAAAUUGAAGAAGGCGCACGAAAGGGUGACCCAGUUAAAAGCUUUGCAAACCAACAUGGAAGAGCUGGAAACCUCCAAUAGUGAACUGAAGAAACAGCUCGUUAUCUUAGAGGCUAACCAGAAGCAAAUCCAAGAUGAAAAUUUGGAAUUACAGAAACAGAACCAAAACGACUAUGAAAAUAUCGAGGCCGAUUACCAGAUACAGUUGGAGGAACUAGUUAAGUGCAGAAAUGAGUUAACGGUUGAAUGUGAAAAAUUACGGGAAUCGCUGAAGGAAAUGGGACAGAGGGAGGAUGAACUACUAUCGGAAAUUGCGGAAUAUAAGCAGAAAAUGGAAGCGAAAGAUGCAAGUGACAAAGAAAAGCUGGAGGGACUCACCGAUGAACUAAGAGUUGCGAAUUACAAUUGGAAAGAUUCCACGAAAGAAAUAGAAGCCUUGAACCAACAAAUUGAAUUCCUUGAAAAAGAACUGAUAGACAAGAUAGCCAGAGAAAUGGUUGAAAGUAUUUUAACCGAAGCGGAAGACAGAAUCAGAAGUAUGAGGACAAUUGGAAGUCAAACUGAUGGAACAGAGAAUAUAGUUGAUAUCGAAGAAUCUCCUGUAAAAGAAUCUAUCAUGGAAAUUACAAGUUUACCACCAGCUGAAAAUAAAAUUGAAUCUGUUCCUGCACAACAGGAGGUAAUUCCCACAUUCCACUGGCCGGGCAGCCAGCAAUCCCAACAGACCAGCCAACCGGGUGAUUGGUUUGUCGAUCAAAGUGUUCAGCCAAGCAGUUCUAAUGAUUGGUUCCCCAUUCCCGACCAAAUAGAAGGUAUACCACAACAAAAUCCGUUCCUUCCUCAACCAGAACCUCAGCAACCAAUUGUGGACAACUCAAAAGAAGAGCUCCUGAAUAAAAUCAAGGCAUUGGAAUUUUUACUGUAUAACAUAGACAAAGAAAAGGAGGAAGCUUUCCAAGAAUGCACAGGAAUGGUUAACGAACUGACUCGUUUGGUAUACGAAAAAGUAAACCCAAAUAAAGAAGACAUUCCAGCAUCUACGAGACCCAAGAGAGCUUCGAAUCGACCCAUGUCAGAAAUAGAAUCUCAAGUCAUGUCCGAAGCCGACGUCAUUGACGCGGCCUCACAUUUAAAGGAUUUACAAAGCAUUGAAUUUGAAAAGACAAGUCUCUCGUUGGGAGAACAAAGCCACCCUGUCAUUGAAGAGGUUAUGCAACCGAAACGAGCUUAUUUGACCUACCAGCCCAUGGAGAAGGCCUCUGGGCACGUGAAACCGGAAGUAUUUGGUGAGAAUGACGACGGUUGGGGAUGGGGACCGGAGGAGGCAAAAUUAGAGGAAGAGCACCAGUUUAAGACGGAAAGCGCUCCUCAAAUACAGAAUUUAAGGAGUGAAGUCGCACGGUUGAACGAAGCCCUGCAAGUCCUGCAAGUCGAACGGGAAAACCACCUCGAGGAAAUUAAGCAGUUACAAAUAAGAUCCGGCAAACUUAUUAAAAAGUGCAAGGAGUUGAAACAAAAGAACGACCAGCUCAUGGAAAAACAACAGAAUAAGAAAACCGAGGGAGCAGAUUUCUUCGACUUGGACGCAGCGAUCCAAGACGAACUAAAGACGCAAAUAGCCCAAUUGGAAAAGAAAGUUAAAGAGGUUACAAACGAGUUGGAGAAGGAAAAACAGGAGAAGGUCAACGUACUGAAGCGUGUCGACGUUUUGACUUCGGCAAAUGAGAGGAUGACGGAAAUGAAGGAGAUUCAAGACACAGAAGUGCUUCGUUGGAAACGAAAACAUCAGGAAGUUGAAGAGAAACUUCAGCAGUAUGAAUGGGGUAGCGAUGGAUUCAACGAGCGUUCAAAAUCGAAAAGCGUUCCCGAAGCGGAAGCCUCUUCCAGCAGAGACGACAAAAAAAUUGAAGAGCUGCAGCAGACUAUUAAAGAGUUAGCGUUAGAUAAUGAAGAACUACAGGCUUUAUUGGAGGAACAAAGGCAAAUAAGGAUUACUCUAGAAAAAACAAAACCACCAGAACAUGACAGCGCAGAGGAAGAACGUAAAAAGAUAUCAGUCCUGGAAGGGACAAUUAAAAAUUUGGAGCAGGAGCUUACACAUAAAUCCGAAGAAAUUCAAACGGUUUUAAACGAAAGAAACAUCAUAUAUGCGCAAAGCGAAGCACUACAAAAAACAGUAAAAGAAAAAGAAGACAAUGUUAAAAAGUUACAAGAAAACUUAAAGUAUGUUACGGAACGAAGUAACGAAUUUGAAAAGUUAUUAGGAGAUAACGAAAAAUUAGUGAAAGAUCUUCAAGAAAAUGAAAAGAGUGACAAGUUGAACGAAAAAAUAAAGGAACUAGAAGAUGAGCUGCUUCAGUUAAAUCAAUUCAAGUCUCAACAAGAUCGUCUUCUGCAAGAAAAGGAAACUGCUUUCAACGAUCUUAUAUCGUCAUUUGAACAAGUAAAUACAUUAAAGGAAGAACUUGACAUUCAAGUCAAACAGCUGACGAACGAUUUGAAGCGACAGAGAGAAAGAUAUGACGAAUUACAAGUCGAAAACGAGAGGAAUAUAUCAGAAUUAGAGAAUGAAUUAACACAACAAAAAGAAACAUUUGAAAAACUGAAGACGCAGUUUGAUGGAAUAAUUAGUGAUUUACGCAAUGAAUUGGAACAGCAAAAACAAUUGAAUGAACGCUUGCAGGCUGACGCGACAGUGAAAUUUAAUCAAUUGUCCCAAGAACUAGUUGAGCAGAAACAGAAAUACAACCAGUUGCAUGCCGAAUACAAUGGAAAAGUCGCAGAAUUAACUAAAGUAUCUCAAGAGUUGCAGAACAAGGAGCAGGAGUCUUCUUCGAAAGAUACUUUUGAGUGGGCCCAAGAAAAAUACCAGUUGGAGUCUUUAUUAACAGAGAAAGAGACUGCGUUUGUUGAGUUGAAGAACCAGAAAGAAAAUCUUGAAAAACAAAUCGAAGAGUUGACACAUAAUUUAGAACAAAAGCAAAAGGACUACGAGCAGCUUGUAAAUGAAACAGAAGAGAAAAUAUCUAAAACUGUAAAGGAACUGGAAGAGAGUUGGAUUAUCCAGGUAGAUCAGAGAGGAACUGAUGUUGCCGAAAGUUGGAAGCUACAUCUAGAUUCCGUGGAAGCUGAGUUUGGCUCGAUCCAGCAGAAAUUAAAAUAUGAAAUCAAUGAACUCGAAGAAAAAUGCAACGCUCUGGUCAAUGAAAACAACGAAUUGCGUAAAAAUGUCGAUGCCGAGAUAAGAAACGAAGUUGACCGUAUUUCUGCCCUCCAGCAGCAAAUAACCGAUUGUCAGCGUUACAUAACCGAUCUUAAUAACACGCUCAUCGAGAAACAGAAUGAAAAUGAAAAUCUCAUGGGCAAAUUAACAGCAAUAGAAAACGAGAAAGAGCAACUUUCAAGCAAUCUGAAAGAGAAAGAAAAUAAGCUCUCAAGUUUGAGCAUUAUCGUCGACACAACUCAGAAGCAGUUCGAUGAAAAACGGGAAGUCGUUGAAGAGGUCGUGAAAAUUUUAGAAAAGAAUACGGCCUUCCCGAUAUCGUUUGAAAAACAGGAUAUACUAAAUGAGUUCCGAAGACAAUUAGAAUUGUUAAAUGUUCAGCAACAAGAGAUCAUCAAAUUACAUCAGUCCAUUCAAGAUUUGCAAGAUCAACUCCAUUCCGUUCAAGACAAAGAAGGCGAAAUCUCUAGAUUGAAUCAGUUGGUCCAAGAUUUACAGAAAGACCUUGAAUCACUUCAAGAAAAAGACGAGAAAAUAUCCAGAUUGAAUAGACUUGUUGAGGAUUCACAAAAACAGCUGUUGUUGAUGCAUGGGAAAGACGAAGAACUCUUUAAUAUGAACAAAUUGGUUGAGGACUUACAAAAACAACUCGCCACGGUUAGCGAAAAGGAGAGUGAAAUAACUAGGUUGAAUAAUUUCAUAAGGGAUCUACAAGGAGAGUUGUUGUUCCUUCAGGAUAAGGAUACGGAAAUCGUUAGACUGAACGGGGUUAUAGAAAAUUACAAGGUUCAGCAGGACUUGAGCCAAGAAGAACUGAAUGAGUACCGUCAAGAACAGGUCACCGCAAACAUGACUAUAGAAGAUUAUAAACAGAAAUUGGACCAGUUCAACAGUACGUGUAUGGCUUUACAGAAUUCCCUGGAAGAGAAAAAUCAACUCAUCGCCACAUUAAACCAACAGUUACAACUCACCGAGAGCCUUAAGAAUGACAACAACGAAGAUGUCGAGAAAUUACAGGAAGAAAUAUCCCAAGUUAAAAAAGACUGUUCCAUGCUCCAACAGUCUUUAGCCGAGUACCAGGAGCAACUGUUCGGCGUAAGGAAUGAGCUGACCAACAAAACUAAUCAAUUAGAAAGUGUGAACCAACAGUUGGCAUAUUCACAACAGAAUUACGAGAUUCAGGAAAGUGAAUUAAAUAAAUUACGAGAUCUUCUGCAAUUUAAGGAACAAGAAUAUGCCGGCUCCGUGGAAAACUUAAGGAAAACACAUUUCAGAGACUUGGAAAAUCAUUACGAAGAACUACUCGCUGCUAAAGAUCUAGACAUCGAAACAGUUAGAAGUCAGUUCAAUGAAUAUAUACAAAAUACCAAUCAGUUGACUGAAAGAGUAACUUCCGAAGAAAAUUUACGUCAACAGUCGCAGGAUAAGGUUAAACAAUUAGAAGAGAAAAUCGGCGAGCAGUCCACUUUGCUGGAUGAAGAGGAUAAGCAGUUGACUGAAAUGAGGAGCAUCAUUGAGCAACAAGUUAUUAAAAUAGAAGAGCUGAAAAAGGAGCUGUUCGCCAAAAGUAGUGAUUACGACAGUCUCAUCGCAGAAAUGGAUAUUGGUAGGAAAGCCAUUACGCAGCAACCUACGCCUUCGGCUGCAGUAGAAAAGUCUAUAAGUUCUGAUAGGUCUCAACUAUCAGAAGAAGAUUUAUCGGAACCGGUUAGCCGGGCCGAAUUAGAUUUGGCGCUUUAUAUGCUUCAUCAAAGAGACGUUCGCUGUGAGGAAUUAACAGUUGAGCUAACUCAACUUUUAGAGGAACGUGACACGCUGCAGUUGCGUCUGUCCAAUGCCCUACGAGAGAAGGAAGAAAUUCGAAGGAAACUUGCAGGGCCCGAGGAAGUACCAGUGCCAUCAACCUCUGCCUCGAGCCCCACGACACCUCGCAGCAAAUCCUCGGCCAUUUUCCUUGCCGCUUCGGGAACAGAAUUAGCCACGGAACCAGUAGAGGGUUCCAGCGAUAUCCAAAAUCUCGAGAGCAAAUUGUCCGAGUUGAAGAAGGUCGGUUAUAAGAAGGAUAAAACGUUCGUAGACGAACAGCACUUCAGAAGAUUGCAGCAGAUGUCUAUUAUGCAGCAACACAUAAACGAAGCUUCGAAAUUGCCUCCCGAAGCAGCGGCCAAAUUGGUGGAUGCCAGUUACACUCUGUCUCGUGACGUCCAAAGUCCUUCCAAAGUUCUGCUGAACUGGUUGUGGGGACGAAGCACUCCGAAAGUAAAUGACACGUAACGGUUACCUGUGAACUUAUUUAUUUAAUAUGUGCCUACUAGAAGUAAAAAAAAAAUUGUGCUGGUCAGCGAAGCUAUUUAAUAGCAGACUAUAUUUUUGACAUCAUGAAUUUGGUCUAUUUAAGAUUAUGUAAUAAAUAGCAUAAAUGAACGGUUAAGUUUAGUGUGAUAUCAAAAAAUACUUGUGUUUUAUAAAGCCUAUAUAAGUUCUAAUUUGUACAUGUUGUUUUAUCAUUUAAAGCAUUUAUUUCCCUGUUGUAAUUUUAACAAAAUCAAUAAAUUUUUUAAUUAGUCUA